CCUGCGUUUCCGACCAUUAUAGGAUCUAGCGAUGUCUACGACGCUGUUAUCGGCCUUCUACGACAUCGACUUCUUGUGCAAGACGGAGAAGUCCCUGACCAACCUGAGCAGCAUGCUGGACAAGAAGGCCGUGGGGACCCCGGUCACCCCCCCCAGCUCCAGCUUCGCGCCGGGCUUCCUGCGGCGGCACUCGACCAGCAACCUGCCGGCCCUGGCCGGCGGCUCCAAGUUCCCCAGCCCCACCGGCUCCAGCUCUUCCUCCUCCUCCUCCUCCUCCUCCUCCUCCUCCUCGUUCGGCAGCCUGAAGGAGACGGGCUCCGGCGGCGGAGGCGGCGGCAGCAGCAGCCCCACGGCCCUGCUCAACAAGGAGAACAAGUUCCGGGACCGCUCCUUCAGCGAGAACGGCGAGCGCAGCCAGCACCUCAUGCAGCAGCUCCAGCAGCAGCAGCAGCAGCAGAAGGGGGGCGGCUCCGGCGGCGGCGGGGGGGCCCCCAUCAACUCGACGCGCUACAAGACGGAGCUGUGCCGCCCCUUCGAGGAGAGCGGCGCCUGCAAGUACGGCGAGAAGUGCCAGUUCGCGCACGGCUUCCACGAGCUGCGCAGCCUCACCCGCCACCCCAAGUACAAGACCGAGCUGUGCCGCACCUUCCACACCAUCGGCUUCUGCCCCUACGGCCCCCGCUGCCACUUCAUCCACAACGCCGACGAGCGCCGCCCGGCGCCCGGCGGGGGCACGGCCGCCGCGCCGCCCGCCUCGGCCGCCCCCCCGCACCACCACCACCACCACCACCAGCACGCCCCGCACCCCGCCGGCAGCACCGGCGACCUCCGCGCCUUCGCCCCCCGUGACCACCCCCUGGGAGGGGGAGGAGGCGGCGGCGGCGGCGGCUUCGGGCACCCCCGCGGCGGCGGGGGCAGCGAGCGGCCCAAGCUGCACCACAGCCUGAGCUUCUCUGGCUUCUCCGCCCACCACCACCACCACCACCACCCGCACGCCGCCGCCCCGCCGCCCCCGCCGCCCCCCGGCGGCCGCCUGGACGCCGCGCUGCUGGAGAGCCCCGGCGGGUCGCGCACGCCGCCGCCCGCCUCGGCCUCGUCGUACUGCGAGGAGCUGCUCUCGCCGCCCUGCGCCAACAACGCCUUCGCCUUCUCGGGCCAGGAGCUGGGCAGCCUCAUCGCGCCCCUCGCCCUGCACACCCCCAGCUUCGCCGCCGCAGCCGCCGCGGCAGCCGCCGCCGCCGCCUAUUACCGCUGCCAGCAGCAGCAGCAGCAGCAGCCCCCGCCGCCGCCGCCCCCCGGGGGGGGUUGCCCGCCGCCCCCCGCCUCGCCGCCCUUCAGCUUCCAGCCCCUGCGCCGUCUCUCCGAGUCGCCCGUCUUCGACGCGCCGCCCAGCCCGCCGGACUCGCUGUCGGACCGCGAGAGCUACCUGAGCGGCUCCCUCAGCUCCGGCUCCCUCAGCGGCUCCGAGUCGCCCAGCCUGGACUCGGGCCGCCGCCUGCCCAUCUUCAGCCGCCUCUCCAUCUCCGACGACUAGGCC